AUGUCUAAUUGGUAUUUUCAUAUUAAUUUUAUCCUUGAAAUUAAACCUCCGCUUUAGGAACAAUUUUUGAGAUAGGGUGAUAUUUUGCAGAGACUGUCUUAAGGACUCCUUAACUUUAAGGCACCUCUUUAGGGAGAGGCCUCUAAUAGGAAAAAAGUAGAGGAUACUGCUAAUCCACUCAAGUGGGGUGGAGUCUUACCACUUUCCCCUUUGCUUUGCAAGACUUUAGUACUUAGAUUUUCAUCUAGCUUGAACCUCGAUGAACUGCUAUCAUUUGAUUUGCUUGAUUCUUAUUUCUUGACAAAUGAUCAGUCCAAAAAGCAGUUCUCCUAUAUUAACCAGGUAGAGUAGAACAUCAACAGUCUCAGUUAGGAAUUGCAGAGAACUUAGCAGCAGAAUCAAAAUAAUCUGCAACUGUAUUAGUAGACUACAAUGACAUUCAAUAAAAUGAUUGAGAAGUGGUCCUAGGAAUUCCAAACCACAACUGCUUAGAUUCUCGAUGACUCAAUGCAAGUCUAUUUUGAGGAGAGGAAGAGUUUAUUUGAUUCAGUAUCAAUCGUGUUAGAAUUUAAAAUGAGGUAUCCAUAGACUAAAGUAGUUGAGACCUUUACUCAGCAAGACCUUCCUGAAAAUCUAAUCAAGAGUCUAGAGCAAAACGCGAAGUCGUUCAAUGUUUGGACUAAAUUUAAAGAUCAAAAGGACAUCGCCAUCAAGCUUUAAAGAGAAGAAAUAUAGAUUCUAUAGUGCCAUCUCCAGUAUUAUAAGAAUCAUUAAUAACCCACUGCUGUUUAAAUUCAGAGAUUAAUGAAAUAUCUGAUCUCUAAGGACUUCACAGGUCUCAUCUACAAAGAGAAAUCCUUUGCAUUCCAAUAUAUUUAGGAUUAGGAUCUCAUACAACAAAGAAUUAUUAUUUAGUCACUCUCACUCCUAAAUGGAGUUAACUUACUACAGCCUUCCCUAUUCGUUGAACUAGAGCUAAACAACAGAGAAAACAUGAAGAGAUUCGUAACUCAGCUUCUAUCAUAAGCAGAUCAAUUUAGAGCAGUAGCAGAGAUGUUCCAGAGUAUGGAGAUUAAUGAGAUUACUGCUUGUAUCUAUAUUGUGUUCAGAUAAAUCAUAAAUUUGCUGAAACUUGAAAAGAUUCAAAGGGAUUUGGGGUUGACCCCAGAUAAGAUUCAACUUGUAGUUAAUACUUAAGUUGACAGGUCCAUAGAGGAAGCUUAUGACGACUCAGUGAGCUCAACUAGUUCAGCUUUUAUUGAGAAAAAUUGGCUGAAUAUGGUCUAUCCCUACUUAGUUGAAAGAAAUAUGAGGCAGAGUCUAAUGCAAGCAUAGCAAUUAGCAUUUGAAAUAUUUAAGGAUCCAAUCUAACUUGAGAGGAUUUGGGGAUUAAUAGAGAGGACUAAUAAUUUGAUAGGAAAAGAUGUGAUGGUAGGUCCAGCCAGAAAGACACGAUACCACUCUCUCGAUAUCUUUGAGGAGAUUAUGCAAGACCCAAUUGAAAAGCUUGGGGACUUCUGCCUCAUUAUGUCGAAUUUAUGCGGGAAUAAGUAUCACAAAUACGAGUAAAAGGUAAUUAACCUCUUGAAGAAGUACAACACGACUCAUUUAGAGGAUAGAGCUAGAUAGAGAUAUGGCAAUAAAUCGUUGCUCUAAAUUUUACUAACAAUCUUUGAGUCAAGGACGACUGUGGUCUAAGACUUAUCAACUGAGAAUUACAACUCUUACUUGAAUCUAUGCUACCUUAUUGGCAAGAUUGUUUCUUAGAACUCAGUAGAAUAUGAAACUCUGAAUGACGAAUUCCUGGCAGUUGAAUUAGUGGGUAAGUAAGCUGGUAUCAAAGGAUUAAGAGGAAAGCAAGAUCUUAAUAAUUAUCAAAUCUCCGAGCCUAUCCUUGCAACUAUUAUCGAAGCAAUCUAAAAACUAUCGAGUCAGCCGUUUGAAGAGAGUACUUAUUCUUUAAGAAUGCUAGUGAAAGCUGUUAGCAAGAUUUACAAACAUCUGAAUCUUGAGAGUGAGAUUCUGAUGCACUUCCAAUUCUAUGAGAUCCAGUCUGACUUGGGUUUCCAUUUCAUUCAUUUCUACAAGACAUAGCUAGAUGACUUCGAAUUCCAAAUCGGUCACUUGCAAGACUACAGAAGAAUGGAAAUCGGGGGAUCGAUUCUUGUUAAACUUAUAGCUAAUGUCUACUAUCCUCUAGUUCUGAAUUUCUUCCAACUUAAUUUCGCUGAUGUGAAAUACUUGGUAAAUAUGACCUACAGACUAUUGAAGCUUACAAAGACCCUUUUAGAUAAAUACAGAGACAUUAAUCCCCACUACAAACUUCCAAUCUCACACAGACUACCGCAGUAUGAUCAGCUCUUGAUCUACCUUAAUGAAGUAUUCAACUUGACUCACAUUGAAAACAUCAUCCAAUAAGUCUUGCUGCUCUCAGAGGAUGAACUUGAAGGCAAGUCUACCAACAUUUAAAACAAGUAUUGGAUUGAAGUGUUGAGAAAAGGACCAGUCUCAGCAAAGCAUUAAAAGCAAUUCCAAAAAUUAAUCAGCAUUUCACUUUAGUGCUACAACACACUGCUUGAACUAACCUAUAUCAACAAUCAAACUAUGAAUCUCCCUGAAGACAGAUAAGAGUAAGUAGGCGCAAGAAUUUACUCAUUGAUCAAUCUAAACCUUGUAAAGAGUUUGCAGUCAUUAAUGAGCAGUCCAGGUCAAGGAGCUACUUAUUAAGUUGAAAGGAAGAAUAAUUCUCAUUUGAGUUACUCUAUUUUUAACAUCAUUCAGUACUACGUUAGACCUGGAUCAUUACUGAGCAAAAGCAUUAGUCAGAUUAAUAUCUAGGCUACUAAAUUUAUGCUUAAUUGCUGCAAUAUUUGGGCAACACCUUCCAAUAGAGUACCUGUGAAUCUGCAAUCACUAUUGAAGUACACUGGCAUUAUUCAGCAAGAAAUAAAGCAGCAGUAUAUUUUGAACUUUAUCGAAGCUUCAAAGAAUAUCAGUUCUCCACUUCAAAUGCAUUACUUAGUCGUCUUUUUAGACCUUAUGAUUGUCUCUGCAUCUUCACAGACCACCUUUGUAGAUGAUUUAUUUAGAGAGGACAUAUUCAAAAAGAGAUUCAUUGAUUUAGUUGGCAAUAUUCUGCCAAAUUCCAAGCCUAAUGAAAUUACAGAACUUCUGCAGAAGGACAUCAUGUCAAAGGUGAUCAUCCUGCUUGCAGAGUUAUCAAAUAACAGAAUAUGUCAGGAUGUACUCAAAGAAAUCAUAGAUUAGGACCAUCUCAAGAAGAUCUUUUAGCUUGUUAUCCAUAAUAGAUUCGUACCCGAUAUUCAAAAGAAAAUUGACUUUAACUAUAAUUCAUCUUUAUUCGGCGAUCCAUUCAGAAAACUAUUUGUAGAUAAACAUAACAAACAAUACAUUAAGGAAAACUAUUCUGCUUGCCUAGCUUUAAUUACUAUUAAGUACUAUUUUAGGCUUCUACAGGAUGAGUACUCAAGAGAUUUAAACAAUCAGUAUGUAAGAGAUGCCAUUACUAACUUAUUUUCACAUCCAACGCUACUCUAGGAGCUCAAGAACUUUAGUGUAAAAGUAGAUGAACUUUAUCACGAGAUAAACUAAGCUAAUAUCAUAAUGAAUGAAGGAGUAAAUCUUAGAGAUGAGAGGUCAGCCAAGCAUUAUGAGCUAUUGACCAUUCAAAGUCAAUUAAUAACCUAGCAGCACCAGAUAUUCAUGGAAACAAGCAGAAUUAAGUCAGAAGACACCACUGUUAAGAUCCUUGAUUUAGAAUGCUCCUAAAUAAUAGCCUAUGUUAAAAGCCACACUAAUCUGAACUACUUGAUGCAGUAAAAUGUCUUUGAAGCCAAUUAAUAUGCUAGGAUAGGCCCUCAGAUUGUAAUAAAUACAGAUGAGUUGAUUGAGGUAAUGAGAACAUACUACUACACUGAUGAAGAAUUUUUAGAUGGAAUGAGGGUAGUUACUUCUAAGUAUAACAUGAUGAUCUCUUAUCUAAUGUGCUUUAACCAGCUCACUGACACUGUGAAAAGCUUCAUUCUUAGUGUUGGCAAAACAAGAACCAGAUAGAAUUUGAGGAAUAAAGACUUUAUUAUCAAAGAUAGAGUCAUCAACACCUCCUUAUUUGUGUUUGUUGACAAUAAUGAUCCCAAAGACUUGGUCAAUAAUGAUAAUGCUGUUAAGGGCUUAUAAAAUAGACUGGCAAACAAAAUGAUAAUGAUUUCAGAAAAUCUGAUUACUUCAGGAAGUUUCACAAAGAUUCAAGCUUAAACUAGAUUUAAUGAAGAAAUGAGUAAUAGCAUUAUAUAUCCUAGACUAAGCUUAGAAAUAAGAUAACUAGAAACUGACAUUGACUACUUGACUAUUGUCCUUGGCGUAAUUAAUAAUCUCUCAACCAUUGGAAAGCUUUCAAGUGAUAACACAAAUCUUCUAAAAUCAAUGGCCAAGUUCAAGCAGGUCUUACUUUAAAUAAGAAAGAACUAAAUAGUAAAUAUCGGCCUCUAUGAUGGUGGCUAAGCUUAGAAAACAGAGUAUGAGUUACAAUGCGCCAGACAAUACAUCAAUUUAGUUCUUUAAGUGUUCUCUAUAGAAAAUCUUUUCCGAGCAUCCUAGAGCGUAAUUAUAUAGAGUUCAGAGUAAGACAUGGAAUACAUAUACAUUUCUUCAUCAGUGCUUGAAAUAAUCAAUGAAAAGCAGUGCUUCAUUCCAGGUCUGCAAAUAUUGACUCUAGCACUUAACUUAAUUAGCAACGAUAAACUCAUCUCGUUCUUCAAGAGAACCUAGAAUAAUCCUCUUAAUAUAGUUAUCUCUCGAUUUAAUAACGCAGCCACCAGUCUGUUAGAAUGCACUAAGAUAGUUGAGUUCUUUAUGAAUUUGAUUAAGGUUGAUCAAGGAGCUGAGUUAAUUAACGAUUCUAAUAUCAUCUUGAACAGCAGUAUAGGGUCAUUCGUAUCAAGAUUAAAAAAUUAGAGUUUAUAUGUAUCGGAAAAUGUUGAUUAAAAGAGAAACCCGCUUCAUGUACUUUGGUGCUUUAUUUUACUCUUCAUUAGAUCAUUGAAUCAAAAACUUAUAAAAGAUAACAACUAUAAGCGAACUAUCUCAGCUUAAUUAAGACUGUUUGAGGGAAGAAUCCCUGCGAUAUUUGAUGUUGGUUCUAUUAUCAUAAACAAACUAGGGGAUAACCAAUUUAUCAAGAAUACUCUAUCCCUAGCCUUAUUUGAAGAACUAGAACUCAUUAGUGCCUGUUUCGAAUAGAUAAUGGAAAACGUUGAAAUUUUGGAUCAAAACGACUUCAAAAUCUUUGAGCAAAUAAAGGAUAGAUAUUUCUUCUCAGUGGUUCAUCUCUUCACAGUCCAAUUCAAGGUUAAGCAAGUCUCAGCAACAGAAUAGUACUUUAAUGGCAUCUAUCUUGGCAAGAUAAAGGAGAAUAUGGCACCAGGAUCAUUGAUUGGUAGCAGUUCAUAGUUAGGAGACAAAAUAAACUUUUCAGGUUUUGACUUGCUAGUCCAUACAUAGAUGAUCAAAACAUUCCUUAAUAUGAAUUCAGCUAUGCUAAAUGUUCUGCUCUAUGACUAAAAGCUCUAAGAUGAAAGGAGUUUUAUUAACACUUGGGAUAGAAAGAGUCUAGGUGCGCAAAGCAAUUAUCAGGCUACACCAAGAAAAGGAGGAGACUUUGAUAACUUCAGUAUAAGUCACUCAAAUAAAUCAUAGUAUCCUUACUCUUACCUUGGUAUUCACGGGGACAGAGACUUAGAGCAGUUUUAGGGUCUUAACUAUUUGUUCUCUAGUCUUUAGAAUUAUAAUUCAGCUCUUAGAGAAAUGAAUAAACUAUUUAGGAUGUUUGUUAGCAACGAACAAGCUCUGAAGGAAUUCCACUAAAAUAUGUUUGCUUACUAUAAUCAUGAUGAAUGGAUAAACAACGAAAUGAUGGGACUGAAUUAAUACUAAGGCAGUCAUACUUUUUAGGACAUAUUAUAGUAAUUUGAGUGCUCUAUGUAGUCAGGAUACAUGGUAUCCACGCUUUUACUCUAAAAAUUAGAGGAGAUGUAAUAUGAAGGAGAAGCUAACUAUGGAGGCCAAGUCACUAUUCCUCUGAAAUCGGUAAUAGAUAGCGGAACAGACAUCAAGAGAUUAUAUGUAGAUUUCAUAGGCACUGCCAAACUAUCAAAGAUGGCUUAGCUAACAAUGGACAAUUUUGGAGGGAUGAUAAGUGAUGUGGUCGAGAAGAUUAGUUAAUCCCCUUAGCUAGAGCAUAAUCUAUAUUGA